AUGGCGGACGAUAUGGCGAGCCAUUACCAGAUGAUGGAGGAGCUGGGGAGUGGGAGUUUUGGAACGGUCUACAAGGCAAUUGACAAGACCACCGGCGAGAUUGUCGCGGUCAAACACAUUGACCUCGAAUCCAGCGAAGAUGAUAUCCAGGAGAUUCAACAGGAGAUUUCUGUCCUGGCCACCUGCGCCAGUGCCUUCGUUACACAAUACAAGGCGAGCUUUCUCAAGGGACACAAGCUAUGGAUCGUCAUGGAGUACCUCGGCGGAGGUUCUUGUCUGGACCUUUUAAAACCAGGAGUGUUUAACGAAGCGCAUGUGGCGAUUGUCUGCCGGGAAUUGCUACAAGGCUUAGACUAUUUGCACAGCGAAGGAAAGAUCCACCGUGAUGUCAAAGCCGCCAACGUGUUGCUCUCGAAUACCGGUAAAGUGAAGCUGGCAGACUUUGGCGUUGCCGCGCAGCUGGUCAACAUCAAGUCGCAGCGCAAUACCUUUGUGGGGACUCCGUUCUGGAUGGCGCCGGAAGUAAUCCAGCAGGCUGGAUACGACUUCAAGGCGGACAUUUGGUCCUUGGGGAUUACUGCCAUCGAGAUGAUCAACGGCGAGCCGCCGCACGCCAGCACACAUCCGAUGAAAGUCUUAUUCCUCAUCCCAAAGAACCCGGCACCUCGGUUAGAAGGGAACGAGUACAGCAAUACUUUCAAGGAUUUCAUUACACAGUGUUUGACCAAGGACCCGGAUCGCCGUCCUAGCGCCAAAGAACUUCUGCGUCACAAGUUUAUUCGAAAUGCCGGAAAGCCCGAGGCCUUGCAAGAGCUCAUCCAACGCAAGCAGGAAUGGGACGGCUGUCGGGGGGUGACUAAAGAUGUGAAGUAUUAUGCAGAGUCUCUCAACACCAUCACCAAACCCGGCCAGGAGGAAGAUGAUGACGAUUGGGUCUUUGAUACGGUCAAGGCCCCGACCAUGUGGGUGCCCAAGGGCACGGACUGGACCACCCGGGACGAAGAGGAGCAGGCUGAGACCGACCCGGCCGAGCUACUCCAAGACAUGCGCAUCUCCCAGCCGCCUCCUCCACCCAAGCACCAGGCCAAUUCGACUGUCCGUCGAGCUCCGGGUGCCGAGCGAUCUCCCUCGGUGCGGCGCGCCAACACAAAACGACGGUCCAGCGGUGUCAAGCAGCCCCUAGGGCUCGACUUGAGUUUCGGUAACAGUCCGUCCACCGUUCGGCAAUUCCGUCGUGUAUCGGACAAAGUUCCGAAAGAUGCCAUGGGCGCGUCGAAGGCCUCGCAUGGGGUCGAUGAGAACGCCAGCCCGAAAACCCAUUCUCCGGGAUCAACGAGUAAAGAGGCCCAACUCGGUCGGCGUGCAUACAGCAAAGCCGUGGGACUUUCCUGCCAGGAAGUCCUCUCGACCACGGGCGACGGCGAGAAACGAGAAGCCAUUUCACGACUGGCCGAAGCCUGGAGCGAUCUGGAGAUGGCCGAUCCGGAGGGCCUCUACCACAUCAUCCGGACCAUGAACGAAAAGCUCCAAGCUGACGCCCGCUUAUGUACUUUGAUCCCUGAAUCUGCCCAGCCGGACUCUCCCCAGAGGCCACGCCUCGUGCUGGCUCAAAACAACCCACACCUGAAGAGCCACCGUCGUCGACAAUCCACUCACACUGUCGAGCCCCAGCCCCCUUCACCCUCUCUGUCCAACCUGCCUGGCCAGAACGUGCCGGGCAUGGAACACACCAAGGAACUCUCCGAUGUCCUCUACCAGCGCUGGGCGGACGGACUCCGCAACCGCUGGCCGGGCAUUUAG